AUGGGUAGACGACAACGCCUAAUCAGCACGUCCAUAUUGCGGGCCAUCUUCCAGACGAAAAAGUCCAGCGAUCCUGCCACAGGACCAGGUCUCCUCGCGCGCAUCUUCGCCUUCUUCUCCGUCUUCUCCCUCGCUCUGUCACGGUACCGCGCAGACCUUUUCGAAUAUCUGAGGAACAAAAUAUGGGAGAUUGAGGAAGAGGAGUACACGGAGUCGUUCCGGUCCCCUAGCAAGGGCAAGCGCACUGAUCUCAUCUCAGUUGGAGAUCUGGGGUACUCAGGCUCGACGUUCUUCACCUCCCCCAACUCGAAGUUCCUCAUCAAGUCCCUGCCACGCGCAUUCGAGCAAUCCUUCUUCCGCCAGCGCCUCCUAGACACGUACGCCGAGCACAUGGAAACCAACCCUUCAUCUCUCCUCGUCCGUAUAACCGAUCUCUUGCACACACCAUCCACCACGCUUGGAGCACUUAUGGGAACUGCACCAGACCACCACAUCGUCAUGGAGAACAUCUUGUUCGGCAAAUCGAGUUGCUCCAAAGACGACCAGGAUGCAUGGCAAACAUACGACUUGAAGCCAAACGACUACUUCUACCCAGAGCGCGAUAUCGCAGGCGGAAGAUUGGCCCCAGAUAGCGUUAAGGAGCGACUGAUUGAUGAGUUUCCUGACAAGGUACGCGUGACGAUCGACGAGAAGGAAGAGCUCGUGGCUCAGAUCGCAAAAGACACGAGAAUCCUAAAAGACGCAAACGCCGUAGACUACAGCUUCUUUCUCGUCCGAUACCCUGCGUCUCUGGCUUCUGCAGUCCCCGUAACCCCGGGUAAGGGCUCACCCUGGCGCACGGGCGUCACGUCCCGCGAUGGCCAGUGGAUCUACCGAGCGAUUCUCCUCGACUUUUUCUGGUCCAAGGACGCAUUGCAGGCGCAUGCCAUGACCGGGCUUGUGGCUUCGUAUAACUUCCUCAAGUGGGGGAAGGAUCACGGGCCCAUGUCCAUCACCACGACGAGUGACGAAUACCAGCAGCGCUUUCUUCGGAUGAUCGAGGAUUUGAUUGAGAUUCCCGAUAGCACCGGGCAACCUUCUGGAGAAUUGCGAACGCCCGCGGACAGCACGGCUAGUCUGGUUGAAGUUUAG